CGCACUCGCCUCCUGCGACAACAGCGCGAUCUGGAGGCCAAAUGCGCCACGCUCGCCUCCACAGUGCGCGGCCUGCAGAUGGAUCUGCAGGAGAAACAGCGCAUGCUCGAGGCACACGCACAGCGUGGCAGGAGUCGAUCCACUGUCCGAGGAACUGUCGACUCCACAACUGUGUUGGUGCAACUACCUCCACAACCGACUCCACAGGCUCACUUGACGAAGGCGGGAGCUAAACCAAAAGCUCAAGUAAAGACCACCAACUACGUGAAUGACAGUGCUCCAAGAUGCGACACCUUGAAAAAUGUCACAAAAACUUCGAUUCGCCCAGCAACAACGGUUUUGAAUGUGGAGCCACACAAGCCGAGCGAAGUGUUCCAUCGUCCUCAGACCGUUGAAACGGCUUCGGAUUUGUCGAGGAGCAGCUGCCUUGAAAAACGCCAAGGUUACACACAAGCCGUUUUGAAAGCCAAGGAAAAUUUGGCUCGUCUAAUUGCCGAGGCGAAGAGCAAAGAGGAGGAAGAGGGAGAGCACAACACAUUAAAGGAGAAUGAGUCGAAAGCUACCUCCCUACUCACAGUCUUGAGUACACAAGCCUACGAUGACUGGCCGGAGUUUGAAGUCGCUGAACCACUUAAAAUGCAGCCUCUUCCGAGGCCCGUAAAAGUCCAGAAAGACAUCAAGAAAACUGACGCCGUAGCCGCUAGAGGCGACUCUAUGGAGCUUUCAGAGACUCUUCAAAGGCCACCAGUCAGUAUGGCGAGUGAGAAGACUGCAACGGUCAUUUCGGAGACGGCAGCGAAGGAAGAGCAACGGGAACUGCAAGCAAAAAGUGUAGACGAAAAGGAAUUUUCUUUUACUCAUACCACAGUCUCUUCAAACGCUGCAAUAAAUGGAAAUAGUGCGCAAUUUGAAUCCAAAAGUCAACAACGCAGUCCGAAGGAGAAAAGGGUUGCUCAUUCGAAGGAGUCUCGUUUACAACACCAUCCAUACUUGACUGCAGUAGACGCUGUCAAAGAUGUCGACAGCAACAACACAAAUAGCGCAGGCACCACCGACAAAAUGUGCGGCACUCGUCUUGCCUCCAAACUCUUUGAUGCGCAGGCUAAAUCGCCACCACCCAACACCUCGCAUUCAUCACUAAAACAAAAGGUUGUUUUAUGA